AUGGAGAACCCUGUUGAUGAGCACACAAUUAUCAACGUGUUCAUCUACGGUCUUGUAGAUGGACCGGUGAAGACCUACAUGUUCCAAGAGGAUUUCCAUACGCUGGUAAAGGAGAUAGCGUAUGCGGAACAGGAAGACUUCAGCCUGAGACAGUAUCAGGCUAACUCGUUCAGCUAUCGUCCGACGAGGCGACAGGAAACAGGAGGUCCCGAACCGAUAGACCUCUGUUACAUCGAGAGCGAGAACUCUCGCUCUCUGAGUCACAAGCGAACGGCAAGAUGCCAUCGCUGUCAGAAGCUUGGACACUACGCUCAUGAUUGUAAAGUCCCGAGCACUACGACACGUCCGAAAACAGGACGUGAUGACCGCCGUUGGCCAAGGAAGGGUCCAAGGCGUGGGUCCGACCACGUCGCCAAGCCGCGACAGCAAGUCGAACCGUAA